AUUAUAUAAUUUACAUAUAUGAAAAAUUCUCAGAAAAGAUAUGUAUUUUCUCAAAAAUUUUCUCAGACAUGUAUUUUUUGAAAACUGUUCCAAUUUAUAUAAAAGUUGUGAAAAAAAUUUUUCACCAGUUAAUACGGACUAUUAUCACAUUUUUCCUUGCUGAUUCAACUAUUUAUAAAAUUCUUUACACGAUAAUAAUAACGACAAUCGUUACGAAUUAGCGUACUUCAAGUGCGUCCACUUUUGUGAAAAGUAUGAUAGAAAAUUUUUUAUUAAUCGACAUAACGCGGUACUCUGUCUCUGCGGCAACUCAAUAUGAGAAGCAUCCUCUAUCUAGAUUUAUAUCCUAUUCUCUAGACUUUUAUGAAAUUGUGAAUCAUGCAUUGUGAUAUUACUAUAUAGCCUACCUUGUAUAUUGUUAUUGCUACGUUACAACUACUAUACGUAAUGCCACACGACUUUCCAUUUUUACUUCAACAUUUCUAUAUUUAUCUUCAUCUCUUCAUAUAAAAAAAAUAUUGUAAUAAAAUAUCACGAAGCCAAAUUUGUGUACGAGUUUUUUCUGCCAAAAGAAACAAGCCUCAAACCACGAUACUUAGAUUUCAGAAAUUCAAAAUUUUAUUAUGACUUUAUAUACGUAUAUACAUAUAUAAACUCCUAAAAGAUGAAAUUAUCAAAAUAUCAGUCGACGUAAAUGAAAUAAACUUAUUUGACACGAAUUCGAAUUAGUAAUUCAUUCAGUGAUAUCACUAAUGAAAUUUAAACGUAGUUUUUCACAUUACCUUUAAAGUAUUAUUAAUAAUACUUAAUUUGAAGUAAGUAAUAAAAUUUAAUUUAAUUUAAUUUCUAACAACUAAAUUUACCUAAAAAUUCUAAUUAUUGUAUAUUAUUGUAUCAUAUGUUAUUCAAUUAUACUAUUACACAGAACAUAAAUAAUAAAAAAUUUAGUUUAAUUACUCUCUAUAUCUUAUAAAGUACAAAAUCACUCAAAAAAUUGCACAGGCGCAAUUUUAGAGUAAUGUUAUUACUCUUUUAGAGUAAUGUUUCAUUUUACGAGACUUAAAAAAAGUAUUUCUAAAAAUCAUGCAGAAAAGAAAAUUUUUUGUAACUUUGCCGGAAGAUAUGAUUCCAGUAUAUUUUUCACAUCAGGAUCUAAAGUGCAGCAGUACACGCAAUCGAUGGCUCAAUCAUCAAUCCAUGAGCGAUAGUAAGGGGACACACAGUAGAUAACGCCUCCGAAAUCGGUCCGAAAUAUGCAAUUACUUCCGAGCACUAUACAUUUCGAUUCGAUAUACAAUUAUACAAAUGCACGUCAUUUUGCAUUAAAGAAAACAAUAAACUGUAUUCAGAUCAAACUUCCUCGAUGCAGCCCCGUCGAGUAUGAGCAACAAGAUCGAAUACUUAGUGAAGUAUUCGGUUGCACCUCCGCCCAGCAGAGAUUAUUACGGCCUAAAGGUUUUCCAAGACGAGGUAAUUCUAUACUUAUGGAGAAUUUCUCACGGACCUCAUAAAGCACCGAUCGUAUAUCGUGCUAAGCUUAUUCAAUUCAGUGAAGCAAAAUUCUUGCAGGACGAAAUACGUCGCGGAUUUGGUAAAUAUUUAUUAAAAUACGUGAACAAUAUUGCUGAAGAAAACAGAAAUCUUUUAACUUUACCAAAAUCAAUAAUCGGAAAUAUAUCAAGAUAUUUAAAAUAUACAGAUAUAAUUAAAUUAUCUUCAUUAUCACACAUUGCUUAUGAGGUAAAAAAAUUAUUUAAAAAAGUAAAAGUGGUUUUCCACUCUGCUUCUCUUUUUUAUUUAAAAAAAAUUAUAUUCAAUACUGAUUUAGUUUGGCAAAUACUUUACACGAGAGAUAAAAAAGCCAAUCUCAGCUUAGGAGAAAGGAAAGAAAUAGUUUAUGAUUGGAAGCAAUUGUAUAAAGCCAAACAAAUGCAGACAUCAAUCAAAGAACAAAAAGUACAAACUGUCUCGAAUAAACCAUCAACUAUUAACAUUAUGACAAAAAAACAUUCAGAAUCUUUAAUGAAGGAUCUCGUAACAAUCCCGCUUUCUAAACCGAUGUCCGAUACUCGAUUUCGCACGUGUACAAAAAACGAGAAACCACUUCUGCAAAAGAAAAGUAUAAAAAAUACUAAUUCUAUAUUUGACAUGAAUGAAAAGAAUGUCAAAAAAGAUAUUAUUAUGCCAAAAACGACAACCGGAAAACAAGAAACUGGACGUGUCUCCAAACGUAACGAAAUAUUUGAUAAACAAAUAAAUCGCACGGUAAAAUCGGAAAAAUAUUCAAAUAAAAUUAACAGCAUCCAUAUGAAAUCAACGACAUCAACACAAGAAAGUAAAUUAAAAUCUAAAACUCAAACUGCUUCUAAAACGUCCAUUUCUAACAAUAUUAUGGGAAAUAUCAAAUCGUCCCCAGUUUUAACACAAAAUUCGCAUAGCAAGUCUCAAUCAAAGAUAAAUCGCAAACCUAAGAAAAAGGUAACUGCGACCAAGUCUGAAAUACUUAGCACCGAUCAAGCAUUGUCCGAGAAACCUUUCAUAGUCGGAGACGACAGGAUCGACUUGGCUGACUUAAUCGAAACAACUUUGACGAACAUUCGAAGUCCGCGAAGCAUAUUCGAUUAUGAUUUCAGCUGUGUACAAAAAUCGAAGAGAACAAGAGACGUUUUAGACAUUAAAAAUGAAAUUCAGAAUUUUGAUAAGUUCAAAGAGUUAAGAUCUACCGGAAGCAAUGUUAUCACAAAUAAUUUUUCCAAAAUAAUUCGGGAUAAAGGAAUUCUGGAAAAGCUUUCGGAAAAAUCUGAGCCGUUUAGCGAAGCAUCCAAUGAAUCUCUUGUGAACGAUAAAAAACCUUUGUCAACAGGGGACAAUAACUCUUUUCCAUUGUGUGAGAAAUAUAUAAAAGCUCGAGAGGAACUUCGAAAAUCUUUAGAUUGGAAACGAAAUGAUUCAAGACCAUUAAGAGCUACCUUUCUAAAAACAUAUACGUCGAAUGGCUUGGAGAGUAAAAAGGAAAAAAGUUAUAAAGAUGUUCAAGGAAGUUAA